CCUUUAUUCUGAAAAAAAAAAAACGGGCCGGAAGUUGAAUUGGGCUGGUGGAGCUGGAGCUUAGAUGCGCGCAGCAGCUAUAGGGAAGACGUCCAAUAUGGCUGAGACCCACAGUUUACAGGACCUCCAGCAGCCGGCUGUCUCCUCCAAGGUGUUUGUCCAGAGAGACUACAGCUCAGGAACCAUCUCCAAGUUCCAGACCAAGUUCCCCUCUGAACUUGAGUCAAGGCUUGAUAAGCAGCAGUUUGAGGAAACCAUCCAGACUCUAAACAACUUGUACGCAGAGGCAGAGAAACUAGGGGCGGAGUCUUACUUGGAGGGCUGCUUGGCUUGUCUAACUGCAUAUACAAUAUUCCUCUGUAUGGAGACACACUAUGAAAAGGUGUUAAAGAAGAUUGCAAGGUACAUUAAGGACCAGAAUGAGAAGAUAUAUGCUCCCAGGGGCUUGCUGUUGACUGACCCUAUCGAGAGAGGCCUCAGAGUUGUUGAAAUUACCAUCUUUGAAGACAGAAGUAUUGGCUCUGGAAGAUAAAGAACCUUGGGGACUGGUGACUCUGACCAGAUGCUCUUUGUCUGUCUGGCAGCAGCAGUUUUGAUCUGAUUCUUUUCUUUGUUAUUUAUAAGUACUCUAAUGUCUCCCUAUCCUUAUGUUUGCAAAAGUGUUUAUAUUUUCUUUUUUAUACAUGCUGUGAUGUAAAAAAUGAUUUCCUAGUUGAUCAAGACCCGUCUUUAUAAACAGUGCCACUGUGUUAAAUGCAACUUUUAAAAAAAAAACAUGAUAAAUAUAAUUGAUUUGACUUGUACAUUUUUUUCUUUUUGUGCAAAUAUAAUAUAGAGUCAAAUCAUGUUUAGUUGCCAAGAACUGUUAUAGGAAGUAGGUAGGGAUGGAGUUGUUGGUACAGUCUAUUAGCAGUAAUUGAGUUAUGGGCAGUGCUCCACAGUAUUAACAUGCUGUUUGUAGCCUUUGUUGAGGUAAAUGUUUUCUUAGCUGUGCAUGACUGUGACUUUUUUGUGGGUGGGUUCAUGUCUUGUAAAACAUGCACAUUCGAAUUCCAGAACAGAUUUUUUUGUGACUGAAAAUAGAGCAUGUUUACUGUAAUUAAGUCCAUCUCAAAGUAACAGCGUGGCAUAGUGCAUUUUGAAAUAUGUCCAUCUCACUGUCCUAGUACAGCGUCACUAAAUCUCCCAAAUCAUAUUCAACAGUCCUGUUACAUGCUUCUAAUAAGAUUCACCAUCUAUAUUGCGAAUGUCAUCACCUUUUUCAUUAUCACCAGACACCACAGAAACCUUAAACACUAUCAACUCCACAGAUGAUUGCCAUUGUUGGUGUUUGAUACAGUUGGUGUACUUUUCUUACAAAUAUUAUGUUCUAUCUAAAUAAAAAGCCUUUUCCUGAAACAUG